CAUUCUACCCCAAGGUACAAGAAACGAAUCUGGCAUUACCCAACUGUCAAUUUUUUUUCUCUUCAGUAUACUCACUUUAUAUACACAGAUCUCUCUCUUUAAAGCCACCAAAAAAACCUCUAAAAAAACCAUUUAUUGUCUUAUUUACUUGUCAUUAUUAACAACACUUAUUGUGUUUAGUUGUUACCCUUGUGGUUAUCUACAUUGAAUUGUUCAUUAAAUUACUCUAAUCUGAAAAAAAAAAAAACCCCAAAGUUUGGGUUUUUACAUUUUGGGUAUUCAAGAAUUCAACUUUCUUGAUUUAUUGUAACAGUUUUGCUAUUCUAUGAAUUGGGUUGUUGUAAAAAAGUGAUCUUUGAUUUGGGUUUUUGAGAAUUUUGAAUUCUUGAUAUGGGUUUUAGAGAUUGGUAUAUUUAGUUGAGUUUUAUGUGAAUCUUGAUUUAAGUUGGCAUGUAGGGUUCAAGUUAAUGAGUUGUAAUUUGGUAACUGCUAGAUACAGUUACUACUUUUUAUUGUUAUAUAGUUUUCAUUUUUUGAUUCUUUAUAAGUGAAUUGGCAUUGGAUAUUUGUUAGGAGUUUGUAGAGAAUUUGGAAUUUUAGCUGCUAGUGGCAUGUUUGGUUGUUUUCAGCUAAAUUGGCUAAGUUGUAUACAGAAUUUUGGGAGAGAAAUUUGUUGAUUUUUUUUGUUAGAGCAAAUUUUUUGUUAGUAUGUCUGGUGGAACACCUGUUGGAGGUGGAGGAUAUGUGAGGCAAAGGCUAAGUCAAGGAUAUGGUUCGAGUGGCGAUGAUCUUGAGGAUGAUGCUUGUUCUAGAUAUGUAUCGCAAUCAUAUUCGAUUCCAAGGACAAGAACAUGGACUGAGAUAUUAGAGAAUGUUCUUUGGAUUGCUUCUGCAUUUUUCAUUGUAUACUAUGGUGAUCGGCAUCAUAAUUUGAUAUUCCUUUUGUGGCACGAUGAUCGAAUUAGGAGAAUACCACUAUACAUUGGGAUGUUUGGUGUCGGUUUGAAUGUUUUAUUUUUCAUAUAUACAAGUAUGUUGGCUUUGGGCGUCCGGAAGUCCUAUGAGAAGUGGGAGAUUUCCAGCACAGCUGCCCUUCCCUUCAUCACUAUGCUGGGGAUCCUAUCUUUUCUCUUGUUCUGUUAUGCUCUAUGGCCUAUUUGGAGCUUGUUAACCCUUCCUCUAGUGUUCACUCUAUUCAUGGCUUGCAUGGUUAUACUGCCAUAUUUGGUUCUCGGGACAUUCAAGCCGCAAACAGAUUUGCUUCGUACAGAUUAGAUACGUCGGGUUAACAAAGAUAGUUUUACGUCUCACUGACUUAGCUGAAGGCAUAUACGAGUAUUGAACGAUUCAGAUUCAUUGCAGUUGUCCAAAGUUUGCUUUACACAUUAGUUUUGAAUGAAGUAAAUAUUUGUAAGUUUUGAUAGUGUUUCAGAAGUGCGUCGGAUUGUAUAAGAUUUUGCAACAUACAGGCUGAACAAGAGUGAAAUUGUUCCCCUCAUGAACUAUGCAACCUUGUAAUGACUAUCAUUUUUUUUUGUUGAUGAUUGAGAAAUUUUCGAGGGCCAGUGGCACACAGUUCAA